CGCCUGCGCCAUCUGCGUGGAAGGCCGUUGCAUUGCAGGCAACGGCCGGGGCAGUGAAGAAGCAGUAAGCGGUGGUGCCGGUGGCUUCCGCGUUCCGUGGCGGGGUUGGUGCGCCGCGGUUGGGGGCUGGGGCGGAAUCCGUCGGGCACCGGCCGUUACCCGAGGCGAGGGGAUGAGCUUGUGAGGGGAGAGAAGCUAGGAGGGGAGACUGCCCACUGCGGAGCGAUGUCCCAACCGCCGCCGCCUCCUCCGCCUCCUCAGCAGCAGCAGCCCCCGCCGCCUGUCUCGAAAAAGCGGGACCGGCGCAUCUUCUCCGGAACCUGCCCGGACCCCAGCUGCCAGGCGCGCCUGUUCUUCCCGGCCCACGGGCCGCUGAGCAGCGGCAGCAUCGAGUGCACGGACUGCGGGCAGCGCCACGAGCAGCGGCAGCUGCUGGGGGUGGAGGAGGUGACGGACCCGGACCUGGUGCUGCACAACCUGCUGCGGAACGCGCUGCUGGGGGUGAGCGGCGGGGGCCCCCCCAGGAAGAACACGGAGCUGGUCAAAGUUAUGGGCCUGUCCAACUACCACUGCAAGCUGCUUUCCCCCAUCCUGGCCCGCUAUGGCAUGGACAAGCAAACGGGCAAGGCCAAGCUUCUCACCGAGAUGAACCAGGGGGAUGUCUUUGACUGUGCUCUCCUGGGCGACCGUGCCUUCCUCAUCGAGCCUGAGCAUGUCGACACUAUGGGCUAUGGCAAGGACCGCUCCGGCAGCCUCCUUUACCUGCAUGACACCCUGGAGGACAUCAAGAAAGCCAACAACAGCCAGGACUGCCUGAUCCCUGUCCACGUGGAUGGUGACGGCCACUGCCUGGUCCAUGCUGUCUCAAGAGCACUGGUGGGCAGGGAGCUGUUCUGGCAUGCGCUCCGGGAGAAUCUGAAGAAGCACUUCAAGGAGAACCUGAGCCGCUACAAGGCUCUCUUCCAUGACUUCAUCGAUGCAGUAGAGUGGGAGGACAUAAUCAAUGAGUGUGACCCUUUGUUUGUCCCUCCAGAAGGUGUGCCAUUGGGCCUGCGAAACAUUCACAUCUUUGGUUUGGCCAAUGUGCUUCACCGACCCAUCAUCCUACUGGAUUCCUUGAGUGGAAUGCGUAGUUCUGGAGAUUACUCGGCAACUUUCCUCCCUGGGCUGGUACCGGUAGAAAAAUGCAUGGGAAAAGAUGGCAUGUUGAAUAAACCUAUCUGCAUUGCAUGGAGUAGCUCUGGACGUAACCAUUAUAUUCCUUUGGUUGGAAUAAAAGGUGCUGCUUUACCGAAACUGCCUAUGAAAUUACUUCCUAAAGCUUGGGGAGUUCCUCAGGAUCUCAUCAAAAAGUACAUCAAACUGGAAGAGGAUGGUUGUGUGAUUGGAGGAGAUAGAAGUUUGCAAGAUAAAUACUUACUGAGGCUGGUUGCUGCAAUGGAAGAGGUUUUCAUGAAUAAGCAUGGUAUUCAUCCCAGUUUAGUAGCUGAUGUACAUCAGUAUUUUUACAGAAGGACUGGUGUAAUAGGAGUUCAGCCUGAAGAUGUUACUGCAGCUGCCAAAAAAGCAGUGGUGGAUAACCGCCUUCACAAGUGUCUAAUCUGUGGUGCCCUUUCAGAGCUUCAUGUUCCUCCAGAGUGGCUGGCUCCAGGAGGGAAACUGUAUAAUCUGGCCAAAAGUACUCAUGGCCAGCUGAGGCCUGACAAAAAUUACAGUUUCCCUCUGAACAGUUUGGUGUGCUCUUAUAAUUCUGUGAAGGAUGUCCUGGUACCAGACUACAGUCUGAGUAGUUUGACUGCUUGUAACUGGUGUCAUGGUACCUUGGUGCGUCGUGUCAGGGGAGAUGGAUCUGUUGUGUAUCUGGAUGGGGACAGAACUAAUACUAAAUCCACUGGUGGCAAAUGUGGCUGUGGAUUCAAGCACUAUUGGGAUGGUAAAGAAUAUGACAAUCUCCCUGAAGCCUUUCCUAUUACUUUAGAAUGGGGUGGAAGAGUGGUGAGAGAGACUGUAUAUUGGUUCCAGUAUGAAAGUGAUACAACUCUUAACAGUAAUGUGUAUGAUGUUGCAAUGAAACUUGUUACCAAACACUUUCCUGGUGAAUUUGGUAGUGAGAUUCUUGUUCAGAAAGUUGUCAAUACAAUAUUACAUCAGACUGCCAAAAAGAACCCUGAUGAUUAUACGCCUGUAAAUAUUGAUAGUGCUCAUGCGCAAAGAGCUGAUGAUAUACAACAAGGACAAGACUUAGAUUCGCAACUUCCAACCAAAAUUAUUCUUACUGGACAGAAAAUGAAAACUUUGCACAAGGAAGAGUUAAAUAUGAGUAAAACUGAAAGAACUAUUCAACAGAACAUUGCAGACCAGGCUUCUGUAAUGCAGAAACGGAAAACUGAAAAAUUAAAACAAGAACAAAAAGGACAAACUAGGACUACUUCCCCUGCUGCUGUUCGUGAUGGGCCAUCAUCUGCUCCGGCUACGCCUACAAAGACCCCUUAUUCUCCAACUUCUACAAAAGAAAAGAAGAUCCGAAUAACAACAAAUGAUGGGCGACAGUCUAUGCUUACAUUGAAGUCCACAACCACAUUCGUGGAGCUGCAGGAAAGUAUAGCCAGAGAAUUUAAUAUUCCUCCAUACUUGCAAUGUAUUCGCUAUGGCUUUCCUCCCAAAGAGCUUCUUCCACCCAAGGAAGGAAUGGAGAACGAGCCAGUUCCCUUGCAGCAUGGUGAUAAAAUAACUAUAGAGAUCUUCAAAGGUAAGGAAGAAGGUAGUCAGUCUACUUCAGCACCCUCAACUCAUGCUGUGAAACAUGAAGACGUUGCAGUAACCAGUAAAAUAUCUUCCAAGGAGUUGCAAGAGCAAGUUGAUAAAGAAAUGUACUCCUUGUGUCUUCUAGCAACAUUAAUGGGUGAAGAUGUUUGGUCAUAUGCAAAGGGACUGCCUCACUUGUUUCAGCAGGGUGGGGUGUUCUACAGCAUAAUGAAGAAAACUACCGGCCUGGCUGAUGGCAAGCACUGUACUUUUCCAUAUCUGCCUGGUAAAAACUUUGUGUAUAAUGCAGCAGAAGAUAGAUUAGAGCUGUGUGUGGAUGCUGCUGGGCACUUCCCUAUUGGUCCUGAUGUUGAAGACUUGGUUAAAGAGGCAUUAAGUCAAGUACGAGCAGAGGCUACUUCAAGAAGCAGGGAAGCGAGUCCUUCACAUGGACUUCUGAAAUUAGGUAGCGGUGGAGUAGUAAAAAAGAAGUCCGAGCAACUGCAUAAUGUAACUGCAUUUCAAGGAAAGGGCCACUCGCUAGGAACUGCAUCUAGUAGCCAACAACUUGAUCAGAAAUCCAGGGAAACACCACUUUUAAGAAAGCAUAACACAGAAACAGACUUCAAUCCCAGUCCCACUAAAAUAGAGCCUUCUAUAUUCACAGCUGCUUCUGGUAACAGUGAGCUUAUCCGCAUAGCUCCUGGAGUAGUGACAAUGAGAGACAGCAGGCAGCUUGACCCUACCUUGAUUGAGGCACAGCGAAAAAAGUUACAGGAAAUGGUUUCUUCUAUUCAGGCAUCAAUGGACAGACACCUGCGGGAUCAGAAUGCAGAGCAGUCAGCAUCAAUCGAUUUGUCACAAAGAAAAGUAGAAGCAGUGAGUUCAUCACCUAAAACUGGCAGCGUUCAGGCUAAUUUGCCAGAUUCUUUUUCCGUAACAAGUGGCACUGAACAUUCAAAUACAGAAACAACUGCUGGCAACGUGGUAAAUUCUAUAGGAGCAACAUUCCACACAAGACCUAAAGCACAAAAAGGAAAUUCUGUUGAGGAGGCUGAGGAGAUGGAUAGUCAAGAUGCAGAGAUUGCUAAUACAACUGAGCCGAUGGAUCACUCUUGAUUGGUUGAAAGCUGAUAAGGAUAAAGAUUACUGUUCAAAUGUAAUAUUUGUUGGCUGGGCCAUAUAAAAUGAUUAGUCAUUAAAUCUUGUAUGUUUCAAAGAUUAUAUCUUCUUAUCCAGUGCAUGAUAGCAAGUGUGUGACUGGCAAUAGCUUUUAAUAUUCCAUGCUGCUGCCCAGGCUGGCUCUCAGUGACCUGUAAAUUAGCUGUUAGAGAAUGCACUGAGAUGAAUAUCUGCUGUAGAUGUGGGUUAUUGAAAGUUCUUUGUAACUUUAAUUCCAUGAAAGUCUUAAAAUUUAAGCCCAUGUGAGAUUCUUAGUGCUAGUGUAAGAUUACCAAAAAGGCUAGAACAGAGCAAAAAUACAAAAUUGACAACAUUAAUGUGUUAUCCCAGAAGUCUUUGUCCACUCAAAAUUAUAGUGUAAACAGACAUUUACAUUAAUUUCAGAAGAGCAACUUCUGAAAUUAAAGAAAUUAAAUUGUAUGUUAAACUUCAUAAAACAAUAUAUACAACACUUCAAUUACAUGAUGCUGGCAUUCCCUUAGAUUUAAACACUUUUGCAUCCAUAUUCCUGUAAGUGCUUGUCAGAACUUUGGGAUAAGAGUAACUAUAAUUAAGCUCUCUUUAAAUUCUGCAUAUUGUCAGUUUGAGCAAGAUUAGAAAAAAGGCUACUUAGUGUAAGAUGAAGACAAAGCGAAUGCGGUGCACUUACGCAUGGCUGUCUGAGUCAACACAGCCAUUUCAUUGUUCUUAGUAAGUGAUAGCAUGCACUUUUUUGCCAUGCAAUUUUUUUGAUAUUUGGGUAUGGGGGAGAGAGGUUGGAAAGUGUUGUAAGAAGUUACAACAGAUCAAUAGCAAAUCAGUUCUUAAAGAUUUUGAUUAUUAGCACUGGUAAAUGGUGGCUAUAGUUAAGUAAUGGCUAAUAUUUUCAGAGCAUGAGGAAUUAACAGAAUUCAUUAGAAAGAAAUAGCUCUUGAAUGAGUUGCAUUGUUCUAAAAUGUUCUCCAGUGAUAGUUGAGCUUCUAGAAGCUCAUUUUUUAAACUCCAUGGAAACAGGAAAUAUGUACUGUUUCAGUGCCCAUAAAGACUACUGUUUCUAUUGGCUUCUCUUCAGUUUGUGAUGCAAAUUUCCCUGCAUCAGUUCAUGAUAAAGCUGGUAUCUGCUUAAGUAGCAUAUUCAUAAGAUCUACAGUGCUAGUUCGUAAGAAGCAGCCACUGUGCGUGCUCCAUAAAGAUGGAAUGUGUAUCUUUGCCUUCUACUUUCUAUAUUCAUAUUUUAAGUGCAUUAUUGCUGCUUCCUCUGAUUUAAGCUAAAAUGGAUUAGGCAAAAGGUGUUAAAACAGCCUCAAAGGAAUUUACAACAUUUAGAUCUUGAAGUCUGUUUGUGUACACACAUGGGUUUUUACUAGUUCCACAGAUAUUAAGUUUUUAUUAUAAACAUGUUUGUAUUCAGAAAAAUAUCUCCUUACUUUUUACAUUUAUAGUCACAUCAACAGGAACAAAUUCUAAGCACUGUUAUGAUAGAAUGCCCUGCUUAAGGGAGGACAUAUUUUUUUAUAUGGAAAAGUACCUGAAGCAAGUCACUUAAAAUAUAGUCCCAAUUUAAUUAAAUUACUAGUAAUUAAAACAUCAUAUAUUGGCUUUCUCUUUUCAUACAGGGAACAAAUAUUUAAUAAGGUAGUGCAUUACUUACGUAUGAAACGUAAAAAUCACCUUUUCAUGAAUAAAUGCUAACUUUGCAAUCUCAACCAAAUAACUAUAAGUGAAGUAAACUUGGCACCAAAAUUGACCUCUCUGGUGUAUUGAUUAUCCAAUGAGAAAUAGGAUGCACAUGCAGCAGCUGGAAGCUUGCCAUAACCUCAGAUGUUGUAUUACUGUCCAUUGCUGCAGCCUAGCUGUUUGGAGGCUGGAGACAGAAAGCACACGCUUCCACAUGGUGAGAGGUGUUCCCAGAAAUCACUAUAAAUGAGCAGAGGUUGAGAGAAGAGGUACGUGGGUGGCUUUGGAUUUUAGUGAAUCUAGCUGAUAUAAGAAUUUCUUAAACACACACUAAAAUCUCUUCAAGGAAAAGGAGAGAGAAACCUUCCCCAUAAGUAAAGUAUGUGUAGGGUGUUGGGGGAGAAUGAAGUAUUGCCAUGCAUUUUUAAAUUUAUUACACCCCAUUCGUUCAUAAUCCUAUUCAGAGGGAUGGUGUGUACCUGUCAGCGACCUAUUUCAUUUUCUGGGGGACUGCACAAGUAGGUGUAUGUGCACAUCUUAUUGCUUGAAGAGGAAGACUUAGAGCAGGUUUGACUUUGAUUUUGUUUGGUUUAUUUUGUUAAAUCUUUCCACACAUCUGUACUAUGUGAACAGAAAUGACAUAGAUGCAGGUUAUUCAUUCUUUGGUUUUGGCCCACAAUUAGUGUCGUGUCUGGGACCCAUAAAAAAUCAUGUCUCUCAAAAACCUUCACUUUGUGAAAUAAAGAAAUAUGAAGAAGGUAUAGUUAAAUGUUCAGAAAACUCCAGGAUGCAUGAGAAGUGUAAUCGAAGCUCAUUUUUUAGCUUGAUGUGAGCUCUCCAUGUUUCAUGCAGGCUUGCAAUAAAUGUGCAUAUUUCUUUGCAGUUUUCUUUAUUUCAUUUAACUUUCUGAUGCAUUUAAACAUCAGUUUCCAACAUAUCCAAAAUGAAGUUAGAUUUCAUCUACACCCUGGGGAGGUGUGUAUCCGUAUGAAAGAAAAUAAAUAAAGAGCACUGAAACUUGUA